AUGGAUGAAGUAUUUGAGCCUGACACAAUCGACUUUGUAAAAACCAUAUCAGUUUCAAGAUGCAAAGAUGAAUUCCUUAAUGUUCUUUGUGAAGACAGUGAUGACGAACCAGUGGAAGGUGAAGGAGAGAAUGCUCGAGUGGAAGUAGAUGAUGAGAAAAACACUGAAGAAUCUAGUGAUGAAGAUGAAAUCGUAUACUCCAUCCAUAAUCUGAAGGUCAAAUGGAAUGUGAUGAAACCGAUUAUUGGAGAAAGGUAUGAAUCUAGACAUGAACUGGAAUUAUGCUUAACAAAUUAUUCCAUCUAUAAGGGUUAUAAAAUUCGUUUCAAGAAGUGUGAUAGUGUUAGACUAGUGGCUGUGUGUGUGUGA